AAAUUGUUUGCCCGCGCGAGGUGCUGCGUUUCAUUUCGGCUCGCAUCGGAAACACAAAAAAAUCUGUUAGCCGCCGGGAAACAAUAUUGGGUUUUUUGUGAAAAAAUCAAGAAAAAUAUUGUCAACACCAUUUCGUAAGAUAACAACAAACAAAUGUGCGUGUGAAACAAUUGGCGACAACAACAAAUCGUGCACCCCAGUCAGCCAGUGUGCGAGAGCGAGAGACCGUGAGAGGUGGUCGUGCGUCCCUCUCCAACACAUACACUGAAUCGGCGCCGACGACGCGUACGCAACAAACGAAAAUAAAACGCAAGCGAAAAGGAGAGAGAAAGAACAAAUAACGCCCACCGUAACACCCCCCCGCGAAUAAGAAGAAGAAGCAGCAGAGAAGCUAAAGCAGAGAAAGACGAAGAAGCAGCAGCAAAAGCAGACGGCAGAAUUGGAGCUUUGCGCAGAAAUCGAUUUUUUUGCCCAUUUUAAGAGAUUUUCGGUAGCCUCUCCCACUGCCGAAAAUCGUUUAUCGCCACUGCUGCGUCCGUGUUUGUGUGUGUGUGUCCGUGCGUGUGCUUGUGCGAAAGUGAAACAAACAAAUACAACAGGCAAAAGAUUAAAAUUAUAUAGUACCAGUGUGAGUCAUAAAUAAAAAGAAGAAAAAAAAACAUAAAAAAGAAAAAAUUAAUUCAGCAGCAGCUUUAGCUUUUUAGCUGCUGGCAUUGAAGAGGUGCUCUGCCGCAGUCAACGUCGCUGCCGCCGCCCGCAACACGCGCUCUCUUUGCCUCUCUCUCCGUCUCUCUUGUGAGCGAAAUAACACCACACACACGAAAAAAAACCAUAAUAAUAUUAACCAAAACGCCAGCCAAAGUGCCAGUUAAGUUAUAAUUAUACACUACAAGUAAACCGAGAAAAGAGAGAGCUGCCAGCCAAAAGCGGAAAAUCAAUAAAAGGUCUCUCGCAAAAGUGGAAAAACGUGCAAACAAGUUAAAAGCAAGGCUGCAAAAAAGAAAAAGGAAAAACUCCGCGCGCGUUUACACGUGUGGUUUAUGUGUGUGCGUGUUUAACGUUUAACUGCUAAUCGCAAAAACGCAAUCUGCGAAGACCGCGUAACAAAGGCUUACGUAAAGCUUGGCAAAGAGAAAAAGAAAACCAAAUAACAACAACGAAGCAUAAAAAACAAUAUAUACAAAAUCCAACAAAUUUGAGAAACUCCACAGAAAUCAAGGAUAGUCCCAGAAACUAGAAUCAAAUUCACGCAACAAAUAAUACACCGAGAAUAACCUUCUCGCGCACCCUUCAAAAACCAGGAUAACACCCCGACACAAAGAUGACUAAAGACAGAUUAGCCGCUCUCCAUGCCGCCCAAUCCGAUGACGAGGAGGAGACGGAGGUGGCCGUCAAUGUGGAUGGCCAUGAUUCCUACAUGGACGACUUCUUCGCCCAGGUGGAGGAGAUACGCGGCAUGAUCGACAAGGUGCAGGACAAUGUCGAGGAGGUGAAGAAGAAGCACUCGGCCAUCCUGUCCGCCCCGCAAACGGACGAGAAGACCAAGCAAGAGCUGGAGGAUCUGAUGGCCGACAUCAAGAAGAAUGCCAAUCGCGUUCGGGGCAAGCUCAAGGGCAUCGAGCAGAAUAUCGAGCAGGAGGAGCAGCAGAACAAGUCGUCGGCGGAUCUGAGAAUCCGGAAGACGCAGCACUCGACGUUGUCACGGAAAUUCGUCGAGGUGAUGACCGAAUACAAUCGCACGCAGACCGAUUACCGGGAGCGCUGCAAGGGAAGGAUACAGCGUCAGCUGGAGAUCACCGGACGACCGACCAACGACGAUGAGCUGGAGAAGAUGCUGGAGGAGGGCAACUCGUCUGUGUUCACGCAGGGCAUCAUCAUGGAGACGCAGCAGGCCAAACAGACGCUGGCGGACAUUGAGGCUCGCCACCAGGACAUCAUGAAGCUGGAGACAUCCAUUAAGGAGCUGCACGACAUGUUCAUGGACAUGGCCAUGCUGGUGGAGUCGCAGGGCGAGAUGAUCGAUCGCAUUGAGUACCAUGUGGAGCACGCUAUGGACUAUGUGCAGACGGCAACUCAGGACACCAAGAAGGCGCUCAAGUACCAGAGUAAAGCCCGACGAAAGAAGAUCAUGAUACUGAUCUGCCUCACUGUGCUGGGCAUCUUAGCGGCCUCAUAUGUUAGCAGUUAUUUCAUAAUCCAAGCAUCCAAGUAGCAUGCUCCCCAUCAAGGCCUAUAAUCUGCAUUAUCUACACACGUUUUGUAGUACAAUUCAGACAAUGCAAAAUCAUUAUAGUUACUAAUUACAAUAAACGCAAUGUGUAUGA